UAACUUAAGAGAGGUGGCACCUCUCUACCCCCACCACAGUCCAAUCUUCGUGUUUUUCUAGUGUGUGUUCACCUCUAGCACAGUUACCCGUCACACACCCACACAACACAGCCAGACUCAGGCUACCUCGCUGUUUCUCUCAUACCAUCAAGCACAAGAAGAGAUGAAAGGCGUGUGGGCGCUGGCCGUGGCAGUGGCGUUCUUGUUACUGAUCACUUACAUUAACCCCAGCACCGCCUACGUCACAGCCUUCCCAGAUGAACCUGACAUCGACGGCACCCUGAUCACCGUCGGGUUUGCGGUGGCCAAGUUCCUGGCGGGGCUGGUGCCGUACCCGACAGUGUCAGCGCUCUUACUAGCCAUCAUCAACGCCUGGGAACCCAAACCCGAAGACAACUACUGGGAACACGUGAGGGACAACGUGGCUCAAGUAUGCGGAGACUUCAUCAACGAACACAACAUGAACCAGGUGGAAGUCUACAAGCAGGACCUCGUCUCUCUCCUCAACAAGUACUCCAGAGCUGAGACAGUGAGUGACGGGUCGUACCCAGACAAGAACACACUGGCUGACUCCAUCACCACCUCAAUCAUCACUAAUCGCUACCUGGUGGAGGCCUCAGAGAUGCCUUGGUCAAUGAUCAUCGACUUCGCUGACAUCGCCGGCAUCCACAUCCUCAUUCUUAAGGAUGCAGCUGACUCGUACACGGAGGUAGGGGGCGAGGUGUCUCGCUGGUGGGUGGACCUCUCGAGGCAGCUACAACACUACAUCGACUACGGCAUCUGGCUGCAAAAGGAGACGAUGAGGUGGAGGAACACUCAGAUCGAGUGCUACUUCGAUGAGGCUGACGGUAGCUGUCUGGCUUUCCAGUGGACGAGCCUUACCUGCUACGACUUAUACAAGAUAACAGACACAGUGCGGGACUAUACUGAGACGUGCAAGCAGCUUCACGCGGACAACAAUGAGGACGGGUCUUGUGCCUCCUUCUGCGAUCUGUACCAGACCCAGGUGGACCGGGACGCCGCCCUCUGGCUCAACGCUAACCUUGACACCCUCGUUGACGACUGGGCCUUCCUCAAGCUGAAAGCUGAUGCCCUGGCUACUCAAGCUUCACGGUACUACAACCCACUGACGAAAGAUGUCUAGAAAAGAUGAAGAAUGUUCUGCGCACUCCCUCCGUCCUGAUGAUAUUUGGUAAUAUCAGUAAAGAUAUCGAGGGAGGAAAUAUAUCACGCUAACUUUAUUGAUUCGUUAUACCUAAAUAUCUAUCAUGUACCAGUGUUGCAUUGUUUAUGAUGUCACCAGUGUUGCACCCUUUAAAUGGUAUCUAGAAACCAAAAUAAAGAAGAAAAUUCAG